AUGGCCGACACCGAGGAUACUGGCGCUGGAUCUGUCUCCGAACCUUUGGAUCUGGUCCGCCUCUCGCUCGAUGAGAUCGUCUUCGUGAAGCUCCGCGGCGAUCGCGAGCUCAAGGGUCGUCUACACGCCUACGAUAGCCACUGCAAUCUUGUGCUGGGUGAUGUCGAGGAGACCAUCUACGUGGUGGAGGAGGAUGAGAAUGAAGAGGAGACCAUCCGAGUACGACAACCCAUCAGAUGGCCGAUAGGCUUGUGGUCGCGUUCAAUUGAUGAGGACAUGAGCUAA